AUGGCCGAGGACGGUGAGCCAGAGAGCCCCGCAUGCUCGCUGUACAUCAGCCCUGCGAGCAGCGCCGUGGGCGGCGGCGCGGGCGGUGGCGCAGGCGGCGGCGCGGGCGCAGGCGCCGGCGCGGCCGGCGACGACCCGCGUGUAAUCCAUCGCGACGCUCUAGCGCAAGUGCUGGAGCGUUUACAGCCGGUCGGUGGUUGGCAGGUGAUCGAGACCGGGUGCGGGCUGAUUGCGUCGUUCGCGACGGAGGCGGACGCCGACCGCCUGUUGGGUGUCGACCUGGCCGAGGAACUGGGCGGACCCGUGCAGGUGGCACGCUUCUCUGCACAGGACUCCCGAUAUCGACAGGUGCUGGACCCCGGGCAGUGCGAGAACCUGCUGCGCCAGGGCCUCGACUUCUUCGGCGCCGCGCGCUUCAGCGUGACGGCGGAGCGCCUGUGGCCCAGCGGCUCCAACCCAGGCUUGGCCGGCGCACGCCCCGAGGGCGCCGGCGCCGCCGCCGGCUGCAGCAGCAGCGCGGGCGGCGGCGGGGGCGGCGGGGGCGAU